UCUUUGUAGCGCCGCGUCUGCAACAGGUGACAUUUUGGGCUCAAAUCCAUUUCCACUUUGAACACACCGCCGUGGGACUGAACCUCCCCUCAACCCAGCGGGUACGGAAGGGACGGAUCAGGACACAGGAGGGACAAAGGGACACAAAGAGACAGGGGGAGAAGAUGACAGUUACUAUCCUCUUACUUUCUGUUCUGCUGUUUGCUGCAGGCCACCGAUAUCAGGACACUUCAUUCCAGAGCAAAGGUAAACCUUUCACAGAAUAAGAUAAUGGCUUCAUGGGAAUAAACUCAGGAUUACUGCUUCUUGUUUGUAGAGAAGGAAGCACUGACAAGGCCAUGGCAGACCCCCUUUCCGACAGCAGCCCCCUCAUCAGCGCGGCAGCCUCCUGUAAGCUUCGCCUGGUCCGCCUGCUGGUGGAAGGUGGAGCUCAGGUCAACGGGUGCAACCCCAGAGGAGAGACCCCUCUCCUGGCUGCCUGUAAAGCCAUGAGGGGGGAGCCUGCUGGGCGUGAAGCGGUGAAACUCCUCACCUAUCUGCUCCUCAACAAGGCGGAUCCAAACGCACGGGACCGAGCUGGACGCACUGCCCUCAUGUACGCAUGCGUGCAGCGGACAGGAGCUCAGGUGGCGUCCUGCCUGAUAGCAGCAGGAGCCGACCCCGGCAUGGAGGACUACUCCGGCGCCUCAGCGCUGGUGUACGCCAUCAACGCACAGCACCGGCCCACACUGAAGGUGUUGGUGGAUGCCUGCCGGGCCCGAGGUCGUGACAUCAUCAUCAUCGCCACAGAGAUCGGGGGGAACGGAGGGCCGGUCACCAGGCAUUACCUGAACGUUCCUCCGUGUCCGGACAACUCGCCGGCGUCCUGCAUGUCCCCGUCGGACGUCGUCCUGACGACCGGAUCGCCCAACUCACCCGAGGGAGAAAGCGUCUUCAACUUCAGAGCAGCUGGCCAAAGAGGAAGCAGCAGCAGCAGCAGCAGCAGCCUCCCACCGGCCAGACACAGAGUGUUAUCUGAACCGUGGCUGGCCGUUCACAACCUGGCCUGUCUGAACCGGACCUACGAGGAGGGAAUGAGGGAGAGGAGGCUGCAGGAGGAGGCGGACAGAGAAGAUCCAAGGAGGGAGAGGAGAGGAGACGAGGAGCCACGUUGUCCUCGGUCUGGGGUUCAAAGGAGGCCAAAGAGACUUGAGGGAGAGACAGAGGACGCCUGCAGGGAGGAUUUUCUUCCCGGGCUCUCUCAGUCGGUCCUCUCCCCCGCAGAGGGGAGGUCGCCUCAGGGCGGCCAAAGCAGGCCGGACCCCCAGAGGUCCUUCGCACCUGGAGGUUCGACACUGCUCCAUCACUCCCAACUUCGCAGGAACACCCUGCCUUCAGUCACUGCGCUCCACCUGCCGCCCUUGGCCGACCACCCACACCUCCGGGUCCCGACCCGGGUUUCCACCUCCGAAAGCAGGAGAAUGGUGUUUCUGCCUCAACCUCCCGGCUCCUCCCCACCCUCCUCUUCCUCCAGAGGGUCCGCGAGACCGGCGGUGCUCCCCCGGCUGUCGCUCACCUCCUCCGCCGGCAGCGACCGGAGCAAGCGAGCGCUGCGUCGCCACUCGGUACAGCUCGAGCAGAUGGGAGGAGGAGAAAUCCUUUAGGCCCUCAUCCCUCAAGAAUGUGGUUCUCUGACAGGCAAAAGCAUUAAACGGGUUUGAAAACUCCAGCUGAAGAAAGGAUUUCAAAUAGAUCCCAAAGAUCCCCAAAUCAUUGUGAAUGCUAUUUCAGAAGUGCAGAUUAAAUCAUUUUGACUGAUUAAUAGGUAAAUAUUUGUAAUCUUAAAAAGGGCAUAAAUAAAAGUAAACAGCUUCAUAAAACUGUGACCUUUAAGCACGUAAGCUAUGACCCCUCAGAGCUUUCAUAUCCCAGCAGUCUGAAGGCUUAUUCAAAUUUUUGUCUUUAAAAAGGUCUGAAAUUCUGGGACAUUGAGCGCUUAUAGUCUGUAUUCUCAUGCUGAGAAAUAACUUCAAUGGAACCAGUAAGAGACGUGCAUGUUCAUGGCAAAAGGAGUGAAGUCAUUUUAUUUGUUUUUAAUAUGUAUCUACAACAAGGGGGACACAGGCAAAAACAACUGACAACUUGAUGAAAAUGAAAAGAAAAGCAAAAAGAAAAUACAUUACCAAUGCAGUUUUCCCACCUUUUUUCCAAUAAGCAACAUUUUUUUGUCUAAAGAAACUUUACAAUAUAAAGAAACAUACGAAGAAGGAACCUCUCAUUUUACUACACGAGACAUUUAGGAUCUGAAACUACCCUAACAUGAGAUACAAAGCAACUCCCCAAGGACAGACUGCCUCAUAUUCAAUACUGCUUUGUCAUCAAGAGGAAAAAAUUUGGAACUGAACAGAAAAACUUUUUACUCCCCCCAAAAGAAAUCCUCUCUUUACCCUCCCUACCCCUGAAUGUUACAGUAUUAUACAUCAGCACAAUAGAAAUACAGAAAUGAUCAACGUUGUGACGGUUUUACUUACAGGACAGAAAGAGAGAGAAGUUUGACUGCAUUUUAUACAACAGUAUUUCAAAAGUACAGGGAAGGAAAGGCCUGUUCCUCUCUACCUCUGCUCAGCCACCAGAACACACCUGUCCCUGCUUUACUUUCCAAAAACCUUCCUCCUCAGCCCAUUUUAAAUAGAUAAAAAAAAAAAAUCCUUCAUAGUAAAGUCUUUACUCUGGUCCCUGGUGUGUCGCUUUCAAUCAGGUCAAGAGGGAAGAUAGACGCACUUUUAUCAGAGUGAGACGUGAGUGAGUUUGAUUACGAAAAAAAACGGUACUCUGGUUUGGUUCCUGCAAAUCCUGUUAAACAGUGAACAAUAUGCCCCUUUUUUGGGGGGGGGCUUUAUUUGCGAGAGAGAGAGAGAGAGAGAGAGAGACAGACAGACAUCUGAACGAGAAUCGUGUUUAAUUAAACGAUUCCUUGAGGAAAUGUGUGUGACAGUGAGUUAGCUAAAGGCGAUCAAACACACCCACUUCAGAAAUGGUCGUCCCUCAGCCGGCGUGACCCCAUCCCGCUCUGACGCGCGCGACCGCGUCCGUCUGUGACGAGGUGAAAUAGCAUAAUAGUCUAUAGCAGCUCCAGUUUCUGAUGCUUAUCAAAAGACACACCGUCUCUGGACAAACAAACACGCAGCCACGAAUCAGCACGUUUCUGAUCAACUGCUGCCGUGAUUUGAAAAUAUCAAAACAUGUCAAUGAUAUCAAAAUGCAUUUUACAGUAUUUACAAGAAAAUGAAAUCCCAAGAUGGUGAAGAAGGUGAGAGUUGUACAAAAAAUAAAUCGGAGAGGGUGGCGUGCUGGCCCGUCGGGGAAGGUGAGAAAGAGGCAGAGGGAGGACGAUGGUUACAGUCUACAGAGCCGCUCUUCUUCCUGCUUUGCUCCGUCACAAAAACAAACAAACUGAUCAGCAGAGAGCCAGACGACCUUUCAGUAGGAGCACCGCAUGAGUGACAGCCCGUCUGCAGUCUAAACCCAUCAUCAGGUGUGCAAAAGCAAAUUUCCAUAAAGCACAGACAUACAUCACAGUGUGUUGAGGACUCGUCAACGAAAACAAUUGCUCACUACAGCUCAGCAGAGAUGAGAACGCAGGCCGAGCGCAUGUCAGAGGGGACGCGGACCUUAGUGGGCGGCUUUAGUGGAAGCAGCAUGAAUCGGUGUGUGUGUGUGUGUGUGUGUUGGGGAGGUGGGGGGGGACUUCAGCACCUUUAGGGCUCAGAAAGUGUGUCUAAUGAUGUCAAACAGAUGAGACGACGCUGCUGACUUGGUCUGCAUAUUUACAGUUGCUACUAGUUCUGCAAUUAACAAAAAAAAAAAAAAAAA